AGUGAAGGAAUGAAUUGUCUUAGUUUCUGUUUACAGUCAUAUUGUAGGAGUUUCUCUCAUGCACUUAAUAAUUAUAAUUUGACUCUGAAUGCUUUAUUAGAGCUAUAGAUACUACUUCUACUACAACUACUACUAAUACUACUACUAAUAAAAGAGGGUAAUUCUAAUGAGUGAAGAUACAGCCUUAUUUUUUGCUUACAAUGAUAUUGAAGGGGUUCCUCUAAUGCACUCAUAAUGAAGGGUCAAUGUAAAUUUGAGUAGACUAUGGGUCAUCAAGUUUUUAGAUAUGUGUCUGUUUGCAUUUUAUCCAAGAAUAAUUAUUUUUUUUGCUCUGAUAUAAUCUUUAUGUGUAUAUGAAAUCUAUCAGUAUGUGUCUGCAUGCAUAUUGAUACUACAAGAGGUAACCCUCACUGUGGUUGUUUUGGUGCAUGUCAACAAAGGCCUGCUGUUAUGUAUCCUUUGGAUUCAACAUUUCCAGGCAGGAAAAGUGGUGGCGGUGACACGGUACUGCAGUAGCUGGAGGUUCGCGUUCACUGAUUUAGAUUCAGUGGUUUUCUUUUCAUGGCCUCAUGCAUAACAACCACAUUUUAUUUUUCCUUACAGCAGGGCAUCGCCAUCGAGUGGUGAGGAAGUGACUUACACCACAUUUUCAAUUAAGUAGCAAGUGCUUUGUCAUCAUUGGUGCAUUAAGAGCAUAAAUAAAUGACAACAAAACUCUCCCAAUCUGCAGAGCACAUGCAAACAUAAAACUAUGGAUUUACCAGCAGUUGACUAUUUUUACUAAUUUGAGCAUGUAUUCACUAACAUCUUGCAACUGAAAACAGCCAUUUAUAAUAGUUAUAUACAGUUAAAUAUGACAUAUUAUAUAGAUAUGACAUGAGAACUACAGAAUCCACAAGACACGAAUGGGGCAACCUCUUGCCGAGUUUUUAAACCGACCAAUGAGAGAGAGAACUACAUCUCCCAGCCACCAUUGCGCCCACUUGUACCGCAAACAAAGAGCUGCAUACCCGCAUGCGUCUCUAGCAGGUUUAGAAACGAGAUACAUAUCGAAUCAAUAUCAUCAAAACAACGCCAUUUUAGAAAGGAUGAUGUUAAUGAGGAGUGUGAAAACUAAAAUCUGUCCAGAUCCUCGCGUGACUUCAGGCUUCCGGAAGUGUGAAUGACCUGAGUAAGAGAGGAAGAGAGAGAGCUGUCCGAGGUGCUGACACCAAUUUGGGAAGAUGGAUGAAAAUCAAGAGUCAUCCUCCUGUUUUGCCAACGCCCAGGACUCCAGCAGCAGCCCGACCAACAGUGUAUCUGGCAUAGCUCCACAAUGCAACGGGGCCCCGGAGCACCGGACCCUGCUGCGGGCGUCUGAGUCCCACGGACUGCAGCUGCUGGGUGUGCUCAGAUCGUUGAGGGAGCGAGGCCUCCUGUUAGACUUCACCAUUAAGGUCCAGGAACGCAGUUUCCCCUGCCAUCGUUGUGUACUCGCAGCUUGCAGUGAUUUCUUCAGGGCUAUGUUCGAGGUUGACAUGCGAGAGCGUGAUGAUGGUUCGGUGACUCUGGGUAACCAGUGUCCAGUGGCGGUGGAUUCUUUUUUGGACUUUGCGUACUCUGGAGAGGUGCUAAUCACUUACAGCAACGUAGACAUGCUGUUCCAGCUCGCCUCCUUUCUACAGGUUUCAGUCCUGUCCAGAGCAUGCAGCGACUUCCUGAUAGGAACCAUGGAUCUUUGUAGCUGCCUGUCCCUCUUGUCCCUUGCUGAGGCCUACGGCUCCACCUCCCUCCUCAAAAGUGCCAAAGAGUUUGUGGUUCAAAACUUCUAUGACCUUUCAAAAACCCAGGACUUCCUGGAUAUGCAGGUGAAUGUGCUGGAGGCAUGCCUGAGGUCAGACGCUUUAAACAUUCCCAGUGAGGAGGCAGUGGUGACGUCACUUCUCAGAUGGGUGCGGUGCAAUCUCCCAGGGCGACAGAAGCUGUUACCAGGAUUGUUUUCUCUAACCAGACUGCACCAUGUACCUGCACCUGCACUUAAGACUCUGCGUGAUUCAGACACUCUGCUGUGUGAUGACGAGUCCUGUCUCGCCCUGCUGUCAGGGGCCCAGAGCAGACAGACCCAGUACGACGGCCUGCUCACUGAUGCCAGGCCGGCCACCAUGCAGAGCUACAUCUACAUCCACAAGACGGAGGAGAAUGGAGAAAUCCGUCACACCUUCUGCUACUGUCUGGAAACAGACCAGUGGAAAGAGUUGGAGGGGACAACCACGUUCCCAGACCCACCGGGAUCAUACUUGACCAGCUAUGCCGAGAAGAUGUUUGUCACAGGUGGUUGUCGUGGAAACUGUUGCCGUGCAAUCCGUCUUCACGUGGCAGAACCCUUCCACGAUGCCACUGAUGAGGUUUGGUGCUUCAAUCCUGUGACUCUCACGUGCUCGCCCGCACCGGCCAUGCUAAAGCCCCGCACCAUGCACACGGCUGUGACCUGCCUGGACAGAGUGUACGUCAUCGGGGGGCGUUCCAAGGGAUCCAGAGGCGGGGCUCCCAGUUUGCUGGAGGUGGAAUAUUACAACCCUCUGUCGCAGACGUGGUGCUCAGUCAGCCCGCUGCCCACUGCCAUCUUCUACCCUGAAGCCAGUGCUUGUGGCAACAUCAUCUAUACUCUUGGAUCAGAGGUGGAAAUCACAGGCUCAUUUAAUCCCUCGUUGGACUGUUUUUACAGCUAUGACGCCCAGCAGGACCAGUGGAGCCGCCUGGUGGCAGAGUUUGGCCUGUUCUUCCAUGCCACACUGGUCAAGGCAGUGUCAAUUGAUAACACACUGCACCUAUGUGACCUCUCCACUUAUAAGGUGUACAGUUUUUGUCCAGAGACGAACGUGUGGAAGGGUGAAGGGUCAUUCGAGUGCGCUGGGUUCAAUGCAGGAGCUGUGGGAAUGAGAGACAGAAUCUACAUCCUGGGUGGAGAUUACUCUCCUGACGAGAUCACAGAUGAAGUUCAGGUGUUCUACAGUGGGAGGAGUCAAUGGGAGGAAGUGGCGCCCAUGCCCAGAGCGCUCACGGAGUUUCACUGCCAAAUCAUCAGCUUCAACAGAUACAGAGACCCGUGGGGUGACACGGCAUGAUGCGAUCAGACACUCACACACACGCACCAGACUAGAGAGUGGGACCUACAUGUGUGUUAUGUAAAAAUCUACCCAUGAUGUGUCUCCCUUGCCUUCAAACCCGUAUGCAUGAUGGACAUCAAACACCUGGAGAGAGAAUCACCAUCAGCAUUGCCAGAUGCACAAAUAUUUUUAUUAUUCUUCAUUUGGAUGAUAACUUCACCCUUUGUACGAUCAAUAAUACCAAAUAUCCCAUAAUGUACGAACUUUCAUCAUUUAGUGACACUAUUUUCACAUUUUCCCUCUGUCAACGCUGAUGAUCAUCCAGAGUUUAUCUUCGACUAACACCACAGCUCCUCUCAGAGAUCAUCGUAACAUGCGAGCACCGGGGCCAAAUGUUUUAUUUAUUUAUCUAUUGAUUUAUUUAUUGAAGCUUUAAUCCCUAAAAUUGUACAUGUGAAGCACCAGCUGUCAUAAGCUCUUUGUCGUGUCAAUCUAAAUACGGUUCCUCCCAUGGAGGAACCCUAUUGAGCAGAGGACUAUUUUAGAAAUCCUAUUUUAGUACCUGGAUAAUUUUUCUUUGUCUGAUUAAUAUUUUUCAAAUGGAGAAUCUACUCAAAGAACACACACACACACACACACACACACACACACACACACACACACAGUAUCAGUACAUGUAUAAGCUCUCUUAUAGACAGAAUAUAGAAAAGAAGAGUUUUAUUAUUUAACGCUUUUCAGGAUCAAUUUCCAAAGAUUUCUGCCUCCUUGACUUUUCUCAAAUAUGGUGAUACAUUUUUUUGUUCUGGCAACAGGACACCAAAUAUCUUAUUUGUCUCAAGGUCCUCGAUAGGCACUUUGCCAUGAAAGAAAUACAAAUGAAAUGUACACAUAGUGGACAACUUUUAAUUCCUUUCAACUAAAUAAGCUUUAUUUGAUAGUAAAGAUUUAAAAAGACACAUUAUUCUGUAAUAUUUUCCGAGGGUGGCGCUAUGUGAGGGGUUUUCUUUUAUUAUGUUUUUAUCUCUUAAUUCUUGCUGAUAGAGAGCUAUUCAUGUACAAUAACACAACUUACAAUACUGUGUUAAUUUUCUGGGUGGAUUUUCACUUUCAGACUGUCAUGUUUCCACGCAUAUGCCCUGUUUCUCCUCUCGUGAUAUACAGCUUAUCACAAGUCUACAUGUGACCAGUAGAUGCAUCACCUGCUCUUCUUCUUCAGCAAAUGCCUGUUUGAUCCAAAUGUUCUGCUUUAUCUGCACUUAUAACACUCUGUAACUUCAAACAAUACAACAACUAAUAUGUUUCAGGAAACGCAAAGGAAAAACAUGGGCUUCACAUUGGAAAACAUGAAAGUUUAUGUUGGGAAAUAGAAAGAAAUAAUCCAACAACUGAAAGACUGCUUUAUGGCAAGAAAUAAAACCUAAACAUGA